GUCUGGUUUUUCAAUUCAAACUAUAACACGCGAGCAGGUGGACGGACCGAGAAAGAAGGAAAGAGGAGAGUCGGACACGGCCGCGCGGACGAGACUUGGAGCUGCGACAUGUUUUGCGCUGCUUGACCUGGACAGGGCGCGUGCGAAAUGGCAGGCGUGUUCGACAUUGAGCUGCACGACGCCGAGAACGUCGUGGUCGACGACUCGGACGACGAUGCCAUCGAGGUCGAGGAGGUGGACUUUGAGAAUUCUACACAUUUCAACGGACUGAUCGAUGAGGAGGGGGUGGAAACUGUCCAGCUGUCUGAGCAGACGGUCAACCCUGGUAGCGAAAAAGCGGGGCCGCAGGACUUCGAGCUGCGCAAAGUCCUCGGCAAGGGCGGCUACGGAAAAGUUUUUCAGGUGAGAAAAGUGUCUGGCAAGGACAAGGACACGAUUUUUGCGAUGAAGGUGCUGCGGAAAGCGUCCAUCAUGAGGAACCAGAAGGACACGGCCCACACCAAGGCCGAGAGGAACAUUCUCGAAGCGGUCAAGCACCCAUUCAUCGUGGACCUCAUUUACGCCUUCCAGACUGGGGGGAAAUUGUACUUGAUUCUCGAAUACUUGAGCGGAGGAGAAUUAUUCAUGCACCUCGAGCGCGAGGGCAUCUUUCUAGAGGACACAGCCUGCUUUUACCUGUCUGAGAUAAUUUUGGCCUUGGAGCAUCUCCACAUACAAGGCAUCAUUUAUAGAGAUCUCAAGCCUGAGAACAUCCUGCUGGAUGCGCAUGGUCACGUCAAACUGACAGACUUUGGACUCUGCAAGGAGCAGAUCCAGGAAGGAAUCGUUACCCACACUUUUUGCGGCACCAUCGAAUACAUGGCGCCCGAAAUCUUAACCCGAAGUGGACAUGGAAAAGCAGUAGACUGGUGGUCCUUAGGGGCCCUUAUGUUUGACAUGCUCACUGGUGCUCCCCCGUUUACUGCGGAAAACCGCAAAAAGACAAUUGAGAAGAUCUUGCGGGGCAAGUUGCUGCUGCCCCCUUACCUCACCCCCGACGCAAGGGACCUCAUCAGGAAACUCCUCAAGAGACAAGUGAGUCAGCGCCUGGGGGCCGGACCCUCGGAUGCAGACCCCAUCAAAAACAGCCCCUUCUUCAAACAUAUCUGCUGGCCGGACGUGCUCGCCAGAAAGUACGACCCACCUUUUAAGCCUACAUUGUCGAGUGACGACGACGUGUCGCAGUUCGAUACGAAAUUCACCAAGCAGACGCCCAUCGACUCCCCGGACGAGUCGACGCUCAGUGAGAGUGCCAACCUCGUGUUCCAAGGGUUCACCUACGUGGCUCCGUCAGUGCUAGAGGAAAUGUACAAGCCGCAGGUGGUGAAGGCGCGGUCGCCGCGGAAGGGGAUGCGGCUGCCGUUCAGCCCGCGCCACCAGCACUUGCUGCACCAACAAAUGUCCCCCGGCGGAUUCUUCGACCAGCGGCUGAUCGGCCACCAGAUGCCAACCACGAGCGCGCACGCCCAGCAGGAGGAAAUGAUGGACAUCCCUCAAGUAUAGCGGUGGCUGAACUUAGAGGAUAAUAACGAAUUGAUUGUUGGUUGACUGAUUGGUCGGCGACCCUGCAUUUGGGGGAUGCUCAGUCUUGAGGCUAGUCAGUCAGUCCGUCGGCCAGGGACUAAAGACGCCGGCUCAAUUUUUGAUACUUUGGUGUGUGUUUUGUUCUUGUAUUAAUUAAGUAAGUGCCUACACAGAGCGACGAAUGCGAUCCCUCGAUUCAAAAUUAGUUAGAAUUCACACAAUAUAUGUAUAAUUCACUCCCGAUCUUGAGUCGAAACUCACAAUUUUUGUAAGUCACUGGAAAAGACUCUGGUUUUUUGUAUCAAGCCUUUUGUACCGUGAAAUAAUGAUUUGUUGAUAAAAGACCGUAACUGAAUUUGAGAUUUUUUUAGACAAAUUAUUUAUUGUCCGCUCCGGGAGCCGAUUCGGACGUCGAUUAAUUAAAAAGUGAUCAAGACAAGCACGCUACAUAUUAAUUUAUUAUUGAUUGAGUUUGUAGGGCUGCGGUACAAUUAGAGCAGCCGGACAUGCCCCAUGUUAAAAGUAAAUGUUUUGUACAUAAAUAUGCGCACACACUUGUAUAUAUUCGAGAUUGGCUUGCAAUUGGACGAGAAUAUAUAUAUUUAGAAAUCACCGUGCACACCCGUUGCGUUUGAUUAGUUAAGUCGAAAGUCUUCCCGCUGCUUUGUGAGGCCAUGUCCGUUUAGUUUGUUCGUUUUAACCCAACAAUGCAGUCUUGAUUGAUGGAUUUUAAUAAAUUUUGCAUAAAAAAAAAACAAAUUACAAAAGCCUGUCGAGUAGCUCGCAUGCAAAUAAAUAAAACAAUAAUAUUAUGUGAAGUAAUCAAUAAAUAACUAUUCAAUAAAA